AGCGCCAGUGAGUGCUCACUCGGACUGAGCAGUGAGUGGGUGAUGAAGGGUGAUUACUGCAAGCACCCGCAGGAAAAAAUCUUCUACACUCGUAAAAUAGACGGACUAAAAUGUGACUGUCAUUAAGGCGUUUUCGGAUGAACGAGUCUGAGUUUGUACGCUGUUUUCAGGGAAUUUGUUUUAAUUCGCUGGCGGCCCUCUGUCAAACCGAGCGCUCCUGAAUUUUAGGCAGCCUGUUGCAAAUUCAGGGAUGGCUCACUGAGCUAACAAGCUAACGGUUAGCCUGUCCAUUUCGUUUUGCUACUGACUGAAGUGUGAGACUCGAUAAGCUGCUCCGGGUGUGGUUAUUUAGCUACACUUUUGUUUGCCUUCUUAUAGGACAGACAGUUUGUAGACACCGUGUAAGUCGUUGUGUUUGUUCGGUGAAUGGACCUUUUAAUGGUCGCUCAUUGUCACUGUACGGGCGUACGGCGUUGCUUUCGGUGCGGCUAAGCUUAUGCUCGGUCGGGCAAGCAGCGGGGCUAUACAGAUGUGGCAGCUGCAGUCAGCUGUGUCCCACUGUCUCUGGGACGGAAUUCUUCUGCUUUUAAAAUAAAUAUCCCUCUUAACAGGUACAUUGAAUAUGGUCAGUUUGUCACGUUAGCCUUUUGGCAACAUUAACUAGACGUUGAGAAGCACAGUGCAAUGAUUUCGAGUGAUCUGGUGUUUCCGUAGCCUGAGGAUUUGGAUUAGACUUUGACCAAAGCUGUCAAAUAUUUGGUGCUUAUUCACUUUUCUGAAAGGGCCAUAAUUCACCCUGAACAUCUUUAAGGGACUCUUUAAGUGCACUCUUGCCCAUAAAGUAGAUUUUUUUCCAUUAAAGUUUGUGUGCGGUGUAGCCCAGCGCCCUUUUUCAGACGGCUUUCUGCUCAUGUGGUGAUGACUUUAGACUCCAUGAUGGCUUGUUGCCUGAGUGAGGAGGCAAAGGAGUCCAAACGAAUCAACGCAGAGAUCGAAAAACAAAUCCGACGAGACAAGAAAGAUUCAAGACGGGAGCUGAAGCUGCUUUUGUUGGGUACUGGAGAGAGUGGCAAAAGCACUUUUAUCAAGCAGAUGAGAAUAAUUCAUGGUUCAGGCUACUCAGAUGAGGACAAAAAGGGCUUUACCAAACUGGUGUACCAGAACAUCUUCACCUCCAUGCAGUCCAUGAUCCGGGCAACUGAGACCCUGAAGAUCCCCUACAAGUACGAGCAGAAUAAGAAUAAUGCCCAGCUGGUGCGAGAGGUUGAUGUGGAAAAGGUGUCGUCAUUUGAUCACCCCUACAUUGACGCAAUAAAGAUGCUGUGGGAUGACCCUGGCAUUCAGGAGGCCUAUGAUCGCAGAAGAGAGUACCAGCUCUCAGACUCAACCAAAUAUUACCUUAGUGAUUUAGAGCGAAUAGCUACAACCACGUACGUGCCUACUCAGCAGGAUGUCCUGCGUGUCAGAGUGCCUACCACCGGCAUCAUUGAGUACCCAUUUGAUCUGGCGGAUAGUAUCUUCAGCUAUCUAAGUGAUCUGGAUCGCAUUGCCGAAGCAUCCUAUCUACCCACCCAACAAGACGUGCUUAGGGUUCGAAUCCCAACCACUGGUAUCAUAGAAUACCCUUUCGACUUGCAAAGCAUCAUUUUCAGAAUGGUGGAUGUGGGGGGCCAGAGGUCUGAGAGGAGAAAGUGGAUCCACUGCUUUGAGAACGUGACCUCCAUCAUGUUCCUGGUGGCUCUCAGUGAGUAUGACCAGGUCCUGGUUGAGUCUGACAAUGAGAAUCGUAUGGAGGAAAGUAAAGCUCUGUUCAAGACCAUCAUCACAUAUCCCUGGUUCCAGAACUCCUCCGUAAUCCUCUUCCUCAACAAGAAGGACCUGCUGGAGGAGAAGAUCAUGUACUCCCACCUGGUGGACUACUUUCCAGAGUUCGAUGGUCCUCAGAGGGAUGGCCAGGCUGGUCGCGAGUUUAUCUUAAAAAUGUUUGUGGACUUGAAUCCAGAUAGUGACAAGAUCAUCUACUCCCACUUUACAUGCGCCACCGACACGGAGAACAUCCGGUUCGUCUUUGCAGCCGUCAAAGACACCAUCCUGCAGCUCAACCUCAAGGAGUACAACCUUGUCUGAAGAAGGAAUGGCAUCUGACCCCAGAAAGCAAGCAAGAGACCUGCAAACACACACUCACACAAAAUCACACAAUCUCUCGACAAACAACAAAUACUCCGCUGUUCAGACACAAAUAAGCUUUGCUUUAUACUUUUCCACACCAACACUAUGUUUUCUUAACAUGCCUUUUCAGUUGUACAACUGUUUUGUUAUAUUAUGGUUUGCUCCUCUUGCACAAACACUCACGAGCGACGCUAUUUCAACCCUGGUCCCCCCAUCUCUCUUUGGGAAUUGUGAUCCUUGGGUUCUCCUACGACACUUUUUUACACUACAUUACCACAGGUGCUUGUAAGUGAAGGCACUUUUUUUGUAGAGUAAGCUUUUAUAAACCAAGGGCUUUUUGCUCUCUACAUUUAACCUAUCCCUGCACCCGUGCAUGUUAUACACUACAGGAUGAUGGUACCAGGCCAGACCACAGAGUCUGGACGCUCCUCAUCUUCUAAGGUGAACUAAUUAUGAUGGUUAUAUAUUAGCAGGUAGUGCUGUUGGAUGUAAAUAGAUUUUGUGCUACUCACACAAAGGUGAGACUUUAGAGGAGAUGACGUCACAUUCUUGGAGGAUUUUAAAUAUAUUCAAAUAUAUAUAUUUUUGCUCAUUAUUGCUUCUUAUUGUUAAAAGAAAGACAAAAACAAGACACCACACUAACAACUACUUACACACUAAUGGCCAACUCUCCUCUCAUUUUUACUGCACUGCCAAUUCUAACCAUAAAUGUGUUCUGUAAAUAUUGUUGUGUUGCCACUUUCCUGUUUAGAUACCAACAGUAGAUAUUUGAAAGCUGACGUUGCCAAAGCAAAUGUUGGCUCAGUCAGACAUAGGUGUCCCAAUUCCUCACUUUGUGAAUCCAUAACUUUUCCCUGUGUUUAUUCAAAACUUGAGGAACCAUCACAACAAUCAUCCUGUCCACCACAGGGUGUAAAUAAUGUCGGCAAAUUCCUCCACUUAAUCCACAAUUGCAGAUCAAAUAAAGCUCCUGCGUUGCAAGAUAAGCUCCGUAAAGUUUUCAAUCAUGGAAAAGUGCUCGUCUCUUUCAUCACCUUGACAGUAUAAUUCACCAAUGUUUGGUAAAAUGUAAUCAGUAGUAAAAGAGUAAAUAUUUCUUUAAUUUAUGAGUCUGCUUCACAGGCUGUCGACAGUGAAUGAUACUUACUCUGUAGUUUUAGUGAAGAUUUCUAACUUACAGUAGGAGACAGAAGGAAACUUUAUACUGCUGUAAAACACUGAGACAUUUUUUGGACAGCUGUCUAUCUUUCUAAGGAUUCACAUAUAAAGCUGUUGGAGUUCUGCUUUUGAGAUGCUUGACAACAGAGUAAAAAACAUAGUUUCCAUGUCAGGUUUAAGCUUAACGCUAAUAGAAAAUGAAAAAAGAAAACACUAAAUAGUUUAUUAAUUACUGGUUAAGAAAUCUAGCUUUUUUCCAGUUUGUUAGAAUGUGUGUUGGUUAUUGGUACCAGUUCCAUUUUGUCUCUUUCCUGAUGAGUAUUAGAAAACUGCAUUCAGCUGAUAUUUGAUAAAUAGCUACUUUUGUCUUCACAGCGUAAUUCAGGUAAGUUUGCGUAACUUUUCCAUCACAAGGGCUAUUCUUAGUGGUCUGGGUAAGAGAUUAAAGACUAAAGCAAAGGCCGAACAACACACGUCACCACGUGACGUUCCUUUGUAAAGUCUGCUCGCUGUUAGUCUCUUUAUUUGCCAACUUUUAGGGAAGAAGAAAGAAUAGGUGUAACAGCUUAUUAUAUACGUCGUUAGCUAUUACACCUAAACAAUUAUUUUUGCUUAUUCACAAAACUGUCUGUUGAUAUUCUGGGCUUUAUAUUAAGUCCUUUCUAUGUGAUUAUGCACAUUUGUCUUAACUUGUCAUGUAAAGUGUUGCCAUGGUUGACUUUGGAGAUGCCUGUUUUUGGUUUGGAAAAUGGACUUUAUUCAUUCAUUUAUUAAGAAACGGUGCAAUGUUUAAACCCACUCAUAUUAAACUCAAAACAAUUUACCUUAAAUUAUUUGCCAAAAUGUUUACACAUUUUUUGUGAUUUUUCUAUAGAAAAAAACUUUUUAGAAAAUUGAAUAUUGGAGCAGUUUUUCUCAGAUGAUUGGAUGAAUUAAUAGUGGCCUCAUUGAUUGUUGUUCUGUCCUAGAGCACACUUUGCUUGGUCUGGAUCUAAUGCACUCCUUGUCUAAACUCCCACUUAUGUUUCCAUUUAAAAGUUUGAUAAACUCUAUUGGUCGGAGAAAAAGAGAACAUUUAGCACAUUUUCUAUCAGAUACUUUGAUAACGUGCAUAGUGGGUGAUGACUAAUGCAAGACUGUAUUUUUUUUUCUUAAAAAAGGUUGGACCAAAUGCUUUAUUUAAAACAAAUAUGUUGUGACUGAAUCACAAGGAUUGAUCAUUUGAGAACCACUUAUGUAGAUGAUGUUUUUUAGAAGUGCCACAGUUUUACCAAGUGUGGGAAGUCUUUGUCUCACCUUCUUGAUUUAGCUUCCAUCUACAACUCCAACACUUGUUUAUUUACUUGGUGAUGCACACAGGUCUGACAACAUUUUAAAUGAGGGUUCAAAUUGACCGACAGUAUUUGUGGUCAAUCUGACUUUGAAUUGUCAGACAUUAAAUAUUUUUAAGAACGAUCUUUGUUAACAGAUAAUAAUUUGUUUUGUUGCAAUUACAUGAGGUGGUUGGAUAAGGAUGUUCUGACCCACCUUAAUUAUAAAACAGGGCUAAUUUGUUAAAUUUCACCAAAUUGUAUCGCUUCAUAAGGAUUUACUUUUUAUGUUUGUGUUUCCUUUCUUUUGAGGCUACUUCCCCCUUGGUCUCGAGUACAUGUGUGGCUUUUAUACUUUUUUUCUGGAAUGGAAUUCAGUGUGAAACGUGAAGGUGACCAGAGUCUCUAACAUUGUGUCCACAAGGUGUUACCCUCUGUAUGUAGUUUUUACUGGCCAACAAUACGUUGUUUUACAGCACCAAUGCUGACAUGAAUUAAGACAAAAGACUCAAUUACUUUCCUUUUACUCUUUUAAAUAAAUAAUCAAAUCAAGAACAAUUCAAAUGGUUUGACACAACUUACAAACACAGCAUAGAAACAAAGGUCUACUUUCUAAUGCUAUUCAUGGCCUCUGGAGGAAAGAAAAUGCAGACAUCAGAUCACAGCAGCACUCCUGAACAUUUUCAUUCCCCUGUGAGCUCUGGGCUGCAGUACACUAAGAUUCUUGGGGUUUCUCUUCUUCAAGUGUCUUCUUUAUUUUCCACAUGGUUUAAGUUUGGCCGUUCUGUUCACUCUUGAGUUAAUCUAAGAUGGAUUUAAAAAAAAAAAAAAAACAAACUUGAAGGAUUAUUGACUUGUUGAAGCUCCAGUGACAUUUAAAUAUCAGCCUGAGAGAAAAAAAAAAAUAGCACAAGGAAUCAUCAAGCAAACAUCUGGCAACUACAACGUUUCACAUUAGCCAAUUGGCAUUCUAUGUUCAAAAUAUUCCUUUUUUGUGCCAUUUGGACUAUGAUUUUUUGUUCAUUUAUUGAAAACAAUGUAUUAAAAUUUACCACUAGGCCUGAUUUGAAAUGAAAAAACAAUUAGAUUGGAGUGCAUCUAUAUUUCUGAUGGGUACCUGAGCGGUGGAUAGAGGCAGAGCAAGGCUGGGUCAUUUCUUUUAGCACGCUGUAUUUGUGUGUACUGUACAGGUUAUUGCUUAUAUCUACACAUACAGCCAGUUUGAGGUUGAAAAUAACAAAGUACAACAAUCUAGUACAAAGCUCUGUGCCAAGGUGAAAAAUCAACUCCAAAAUAUUAUGAAUUGCAUAUUUACAAUAACACGACCCAGCUCUUGAGCCUCUGUGGAUUCACUUCACAGCUGUUUCUAAAAGGGGGCUGUUGUGUUAGGCCUUAUCGAUGUAUUUAUUGAAACUUGUUCCAAUUGAAGGUACUGAAGUGGUCUUUAAAAUUUGGAGGUCAUGAUAACAAGUGUGUUUACAUCUCUGCCAUUCACCACUUUUUGCUCGUACUUGAUUGGACUGUGUCUGAGGCUCCGUCUGCAUUCAUACAACUCAGGCACACUUGAAGGUACUCUGAGGGGUCUACAACCUUCAUGGCUCGUAUUCAUGCUCGAGAUCCAUUCUGGUUGAAUGCAUGAAGCUAUUAGAAUCUAUCUUUGCAUUUUUAUUUCCUCUCUUUUGUAAGGUUGACUCAUCUUAACUUGUAUUAAUGUGUAUUAAGGACCACUUAGGAUUACAGAUUUUUAUAAUUAAAAAAAAAAGAGUUAAACUUUGUGUAGUGGUGUAUAAAUUUAAAGUAGUGUUUUUUUUUUUAAGUAUACCAAAUGUAAAUUAUGUACGAGUGUGCCAUUCUUUGUAAAGCCAGACUCUUAACAAGUGCCAAUGUUGGGGAAAAUCAUGAGGGCCUGUAAAUUUCUUGGUCCAGUUUUUUUUUUUAAAUAUACACUGUUUGUGAUUAAUUAAGAAUUCUAUAUUAAAGAAUAAUAAUGAACUGCUGUUUUUAACAUAGAUGUCAUUUUAACUGCAUGUGUUUGCCAAGAAAGAGGGGCAGUGGGUGGAUGGAACUGUGUUCACUCAGUGCCCUGAUGAAAAGGGGUUUUAUUGGUUAUUGAUUUACUGUAUUUUAGCCAUAUUUCUCUUUUGUAUGUUUCAUUUCAACCACUGUUGCCUGAACAUCAUUCAGACAUGAAAAUGAUUUUUCAUAGCCUUCUCCUUUCAUUGUUUUACAUUGAAAUGAAAUAUGAUCCUAUAUACAAAUACUGCA